AUGAAUCCUAACGAUACUAAUACUAACAAUGAUCAACAACAAUUUCCUACUAAUGUACGACGAAAAAAAUGUCAUGGUAAUCGACGUAACCAACGUUUUCGAAGAAAAUGUCGUGCAAAAGGCAUGAAACCAAAAACAAUAGAAAAGUUACUUAUGAAACGAAACAAAGCUGACAAUCGAAAUCAUAAUAAUACAAAACGUACGAAUAUGCAAACAACAGAAUCAAACAAACAUACAACUGACAUCAAUAAUCAUUCGAAACCGACGUCAAUCAAUCCCAAUAAACGUAAAAGAGAUGUUUCAUCACAAGAAUUAAAAUUGAAUUCAACAUUAGUACGAUCAACAAGUCAAUCAUCUACUCGUCAACCAUCAUCGAAAAAAGACAAAGUUAUACGAGAUUUUCUCAUUGCCCGACUUGAGUUAAUGGACCAACAAUAUUGUUUAACAGUUGAUCAACAAUUAUGGCAAUCAUAUAUAGACAUUGGUUUAGAACAUCAUCUAUGGCCAAGUCAACUCUAUAACAUGGCAAACACUACUGAUUUUGAACUCUGCCGACAAUAUAUUAUCAAGUAUAUAAAAGAAAACAAUCAUGAACUUGAUCAAUGCCAGUUGAAACUAAGAAAACAAACACAAUCACGACCAGUAACAACAUUACCAUUAGAACAAAUUGAUUCACACAUGAAAAAAGUAGUUGAAAAAGAACGGCAAUAUGUAUCAUUAAGAAAUAAUGAUCAAUUAACCAAAUUCAAAGAUGAUCUACAUCGCCAACAAUUAUUCCACACUAUAAGUCAAUAUCAUUUAACAUUUGAUCAUAUGGAAUAUAUCCAUCAAUUAAUGGCAAUACGAAAUAAACAAGGGGAGAUUUGGGACGAACUUCUCAUACUAUACAUGCGAGUACUACAUAAUUUUUUAUCACCAAAGUUUGAUGAAUUAGAAAAAUUUAUUCCACCUGAUAUUUUUUCACCAAUAAUACAGAAUAGAAUUGCAAUUCAAGUAAAAAAUAACCGUAUGAAAAUCAUUAAAGAAGCAAAACGUAUAUGGCUUAAUAUUGCUCUCUAUGCCUAUGAAGUUAAAAUACAAGAAUAUGAUUAUCAAUAUCAAUGUAUAUGGUCUAAAUUAAAAUCAAUAUUAUUGAAUGAUAAGACUAUCAAUGGAGACUUAAUUCUCAAUCAUUUGAACGAAUAUAUGACUUCUCAAACAACAAAAUUAAAAAGUGAUAUUCAGCAUAAUGUGGCAUCUUAUCGACAUACAUUACUUCAAAAUCGUCAACGUUCAGUAUCCUCAAAGAAUACAAUUUGUGUCUCUUCUGAACCAUAUCUUGAUUUACUGGAAAAUCCAUUCAAUGAACGUGAAUGGAAUCAUCUUUGUCUUGGUCCAUCUUUUAUACGAUUAAAUCAAAGUGCCAUUCGUCCUGUAGAGCAACAAGAAACUGCAAUUAAAAAUGAACAUAAAGAUAUUACGAAGAAAGUUGAAUGUCAUCUUAUUAAGCAUCAUAGUAUGUCAUUAAACUCACGUGCUUUAAAAGGCUAUUCGAAUGAAGUUUUGGAUCAUUUUAAUCGAUCUUAUUUUACUCCAUUAUCAUGCAAAGAACAUAUUGAAACGCUUGAACAAGCACAAACGACUGCAUCAAUUCGAGAAAAAAAUCAAGAAAAAUAA